AGGCCUGAACUGCGCAUCUCCUGCUGCUGGUAGAGCCACAGUGUCCACCGUCGCCAUGCAUGUCAAAAUCAAGGUGGUGUAUUGUGGGGCCUGAGGAUACAGUCCCAAGUAUCAGCAGCUCAAGAAGGAACUCGAAAAGGAGUUUCCGGGCAAGCUGGAAAUGAUUGGCGAAGGGACUCGUGAGGUCACAGGAUGGUUUGAAGUCAUGGUGGCUGGGAAGCUUGUGCAUUCCAAAAAGAAUGGAGAUGGCUUUGUAGAUGAUAGUGCCAAGCUGAAGAAGAUAAUCAUGGCCAUCAAAGCCGCCUUGGCAUAAGGACGGCUAGAAGAAUGCACCAACAGCUUAAUGCUUAGCAGAGAAGCUCAAAGAAAAAUCCGUUUUGUUCACCUUGGCCGAGCGCUUGAUGACGGGAGCUGCUGAAACGUCACCCGACACCUGGCAGUUGCCUGAAAACCCUUGCGUAGGAUGCCAGCUUGAGCAAAGCCUGAUGGGAGAAUUUGAGCUCUGAAUAAGAUGCACUUUUGACACCUGUGUGCUGGCCUGGGCGGGGCCCAGCAACUACAGUGCCUAACACCGUGGUGUUGUGUAUUCAGUGUGUGCUUUCUCUGUAGUUCUUGUUUUAAUCAGAUAUACUAAUGGUGGAAACUCUGAUUCUGGAUCUCAGUGGAGGGUAGGCAUUGUAGAGCCCUCUCAACAAACAACUUGUUCUGGCUUCUUAGAUCACGGAAUGCUCUUGGGUGCGUUUGCCUUCUGUGAGUUGGCAACUUAAAAUACGCUUACACAGUGCUUACACAACAUGGUGGAAUCCGAUUCCUUUUCCACCC